AUAAUAAUAAUACUGAUGCAGUUGGUACUUCAGUGGAGGAUAUGUCCGACAUGCGUGUAACUGCGAAAGAGGCUAAGAGCUACACGGAGGAGAACUUGAUCGAGACGAAGGAUAUUGUUGCGGCGAAGGGACAGUCUGCUGCGGCGUACGUCGGCGAAAAAGCCACCGCGGCGCGUGAUGCGGUGGUCCAGGGCGGCAAAGUGGCAGCGGAGUAUGUCGCGAAAGUUGCUGUGGAGGUUAAGGAGCAGGCGGUGGUUGCCGGGUGGGUGGCGACGAAUUACACGGUGGAGAAGGUGGCUGGGGCCACCAAGGCGGUGGCGGGGUACACGGGGGAGAAGGCGGUUGCCGCCGGGGAGACGAUUGCGGGUGCUGGGAAGGUGGUGGGGGAGAAGAUGGCCGCCGCUAAGGAUGCGGUGGUGGUGUCACAAGAAAAUGUGGCUAGGAAGAAGGAGGAAGCUGUGAAAGAAUUUGAAGCGAAGGGAUCUGCUUUUGACGAUAAGGGAGAUCGUGAUGAAACAAUUUCCAGCACUACGUAGUGAAAGCGCAAUAAAAAACAUUGUCAUCGUAGAAGCUCCAGUUCUUAAUACAAGGCCAACUGCAGAACGAAAAACAUCAUCGUAGAAGCUAAAGUUAUCAACAUUUUUUCGUUUUUUUUAGACAAUCUAUGCAGUAUAUAUAACCACUUAUAACUACCUAAAAGCAGAAGCUUUAAGAGGAAUAAAGUUUGGAUGUUUUUGUACCAUUUAAGUUUUAGCCUAAUGUUAUUGUUGCCUCUU